GUUUGGUCUCCGGGGCAAGUCUUCCUUAAAGGAUUUCUCCAUAAACUACGAUGAUCUUCACCUUGGCGAGCUGAGCCGACAAGGUCGUCGGUGCAAAUUAUACAAAGGGCGCUAUCAUGGUGACGUCAUUGUUCAUGUAUUCGGAAAGCUGAGACAGAAGGACAAAGACGCCUUUUGGGCCAAUCUGAACAAACUGUGCCGGAUUCGGCACGAGAAUAUUAUUCUGUUCAUGGCAGCAUGUACUAGUCAGCCCAACCUAGCAGUGGUGACCUGCAACCCACAGAGUAAAUCCUUGUUCGAACUGAUUCAUGUUCAGAAGGAGAAGACAACAAUUCAUACAAAAGUGGCCAUUCUUAGACAGAUCGCUUUGGGGAUGGGUUACCUUCACGCUAAGGAUAUUGUGCUCAGAAAACUGAACACCAAAAACGUCUUCAUUGGUCACAAAGUCAAGGUCAGUGCAAUGGACUUUGGCUUUCCGGAAGUUGCUACUGACAGGCCUAAUUAUGGAAGUAUUCCUCGGGGUCACCUCACUUACAUCGCUCCAGAAAUUAUGUGCACGAUUCGUAUCAUUCCGCCAAGGCUGGUUCCAUUCUCGGCCUACUCUCCAGAGACCGACGUGUUUGCCUUUGGGACCAUCAUGUACGAAGUUUUCGCUGGACGCUUUCCUUUCCACGAAAUGAUACCAGAAAAGAUUAUCUGGCAAAUCAGUGCUGGACACAGACAGGGUCUACACUCGUUGAAGUGCAGUACCGCAAUUAAGACCCUCAUCGAGGAUUGUUGGGCCCACGAACCACUCUACAGACCAGAGUUCAGAGAACUUUGCAAGGAUCUACAGCGACAUUCACCACAACAUAAAAAGCACAGUUCCUCAGAGCCUGAGAGAUUAAAUAAGGCCGCAGACCUGCUAGACUCAUGA